AUGUUUCCCAAAAGCUCAGACGAGAUAUUCUACUUUGCUGACCUCUGCUCUGGUCCGGGCGGAUUCAGUGAGUAUGUUUUAUGGCGACGCGAAAACGCAGGGCACGGUUUCGGUUUUACACUGAAGGGAAAAGAUGACUUUCGGUUGGAUAAGUUUCUUGCAGCCUGUCCGGAGAUGUUCGAGCCAUUUUACGGCAUUGACGGCACUGAAGGCGACGGUGACAUCACAAACCCUGAAAACCUGCGUCGCUUCCAUGAAUUCGUCAAUAAGGUCACCGACGGCAAGGGCGUCAACAUGGUUAUGGCUGACGGAAGGAUUCCCGGAACCAGAGGUCAUAAAUUGCAAGAAAUACUGUCGAAAAGAAUGUAUCUUUGUCAGGCAUGCUGUGCUUUUUCUAUACUCACAACCGGGGGAAAUUUUGUUUUUAAAGUGUUUGAUACCUUCACUCCAUUCAGCGUCGGUCUGCUGUAUCUUCUGUGGAGAUGCUUUAACCAAAUAUGCAUUCACAAACCAAGAACAAGUCGACCGGCAAGCUCUGAAAGGUACAUAAUUUGCCUUGGAUACCGCGACAGUGACGUCAUAUGGCGAUACUUAUUCAAUGUUAACGAGCGGUUCGAUGAAAUUUCAAAGUUGGAGCCGAAGCAAGAUGUUAUCGAGUUGGUUCCUUUGGACUUGUUACAUGCUGAGACUGACUUCAUCAAAUACGUCACCGAAAUAAACGAGAGAUUCGCCGAACGUCAGACCUAUUACCUUGAAAAAUACAAAGCGUUUGCUCGAAAUUUGACCCUGCAUGAUUCUAGACAAGAGGAGAUGAGGAAACAGUGCUUGUCCUACUGGCGCAUUCCGGACCUGCCUAGGCCUGAACUAUGCCGGUCAGGAGCCAGCAGCCGUUUCGCGGAACUAUGCAAAAGCAAUACGAAUUGGAUCCGCUUUCUGCCUCCAGCGUUCGUGCUGGACGAUUCGGACAUGCUUCACUUCAACAUGUGUGCGUGUUCCGGUCAGCUGCAGGUGGUUAUCUCUCUCGGGAAAGGUCGCGUUUACGUCUAUGACGAUGGUCGUUGGGCAGACCUGAGGUCACACUCCCAUUCACAUUGUCGUGUUCGACUGCCGAAAGACACACUCCUUUUGGUCGACCUGACCUAUGAGUACAGCGACGUUGUUGACGACAAAAAAAAGUCGCCUGUUCGAAAUCCGAUCUUUCGGAUAAUCGAUGCUUAUUACCUUUGCGGAAAGGAUAUCAGCGGAUGCACGUACAACGAGAGGAUGCGUUUGUCGACAAAGUUCUGUAAAACUAUUAGUAAGGAACACAGUCGCCCGGAUUUAGCCAUCGUCCGAACAGCUCAAGUUUGGAAGUUCGAAGAACUACACAAAGUGCUAAAAAGGUAUGAAUAAUA